CACCACGACCGCAAACAUGGGCAAAGAUUCGAAGAUGUCUACGGAUCCACCAAAGCAUGAGAUGGUGUACUUUCCGAAGCUGGCCUCCGAGGUGCGAGCUUUCGGCCAAUUCCGCAAGGUUCUUCACACGGGAUUGUACAGCCAGCUGGUGUCGAUGGAGAUUCCCGUAGGAGGUGACAUUGGCGACGAGGUGCAUCUCGUAGACCAAGUGCUUCUCUUCACUUCGGGAGAAGGCAAGGCCACGAUUGCUGGGAAGGAUCAGGCAGUCAAAGCAACGGACGUCGUGGUCGUUCCCGCCGGGACUCAGCACCAGUUCAUCAACACGUCUAAGACCGAGCCGCUCGAGUUGAUCACCAUCUACAGCCCAGCCGAACACGAUCCUCAGACCGUGCACAAGACAAAGGAAGAGGGUGACGAAGAGGAGGACAAUGGCAAGGAUGAGGCGCCGGAAUGGAGUCAGCAGUCAAAGGACAAGAAUGAGAAGGACGGUCUGGCGAAGGAGAGUGGAGGGCCUUACAAGAACGGAGACGACGGCAGGCAUGAAAAGUCGUAGUAUUGCA